GGGGCAGGAAGGAAGUGAGGAGGGCAGUUAGCUUCCCCUUUUCUGCUCUGCUCCCAGUACAGCUCAGUCUCUCUCAGUGGCUCAGAGAAGGGGACACCAUAGCCAUGGCUUCUCAAGUGACUGCUGUCCGAAAGACUUGCUGCUGCUUCAAUGUCCGAAUCGUUACCUUAGCACUGGCCAUCUACCAUGUGAUGAUGAGUGUCCUGUUGUUCAUUGAGUACUCCUGGGAGGUGGUCCAUGGCAAGGCCUCCUGCAGAUUCUCCAAGACAGGCUACCUACGGAUCGCCAAUCUGAUGUCCAGCUUCCUGCUCAUCUACAUGCUCUUUAUCAUCAGCCUGAGUCUGCUGAUGGGAGUGGUUACGAGACGAGAGAAAUACCUGCUGCCCUUCAUAUCAUUGCAAAUCAUGGACUUCCUGCUGUGCCUGAUGACGCUGCUGGCCUCCUACAUUGAGCUGCCCGCUUACUUCAACUCCCACAGAGAUCAAGUGGACCCCUCCAAGGUCCCUAAUCAUCUGCUGGACUUCUGCCUGAGCAUUGUGACACUCUGUAGCUUCUUCAUAGAAAUGCCCAGCUACCUUGACUUCAAGGCUGUGGACCGCAUGAAUUUCUUCUCCAUCCAAAAAGGCACAUCCCAAAACCAGCUCAUCAAGAAGAUGAUAAUCUUAUCCAUUGCCUUUAUUGCUGUUCUCAUCCUGAAGGUCUACAUGAUAAAAUGUGUGCAGAGAUGCUAUGAACUUAUCAAGUUCAUGAACUCUGACAAGGAGGAUAGCAAAGACCUGCAGAAGGUGUACCUGCCAUCUUAUGAGGAAGCACUGGUUCUACCACAGAAGACUCCAGAGGAAGACCCAGCAUCACCACCCCCUUAUACUGAAGUGUGAUGUAUACCAGGCACCAGCAGUGGUGCUGGCAGGGGCAGAGCUGCCUCACAACUUGCUUCUUUGCUUUUGGAGUCCUGUGGACUGAGUGAACCACCUGACUGACUGCAGGACAAUUGCUUGUGUCCACCUUGCUGGCCUGCUUUCCUCGCAGGGCCUGGGAAAUGCUGACAGUAGGGUUAACCCUUUAGAAUGAAUGCCUCCUUGGGUUUCACAAAUUCAGUCCAAUAGCAUUUGGCUUAUGUUGAUCAGCUCUGAUGUUUGUCUCAGAACUAGCACAAGUCAGUGAACAAUUAAGCAACUGUCAGCUUGACCCCUUUUAACCAAGUGACUAGCAGGUCAAGAACACACUUAUAAGUUCAAUAAAGUAAUUUGGUUAAACUGAAACAGACCAUUGCACUGGUUUCUACAUAGCAAUGUAGCCAAAUUAUUCUCAGUUAGUCCUCCUCACUCAUCCAUUGAGCCAUCUAUCAUUGAUACAUUCACUUAUCCAUCCAUCCAUUCAUACACCUAUCUAUCAUCUAUCCAAUUUCGUCACAGACUUUGUUUAGUGAUCAAGUCAACCAACCACCAAAGAUCAAGUUAGCAUAGUGAUAAAAUUUAAUAAUAAUAAUAAUAAUAAUAAUAAUAAUGGUAAUAAAGAUUAUAAUAAUA